AUGUCUGUAAGUGCUGUCUCAGGUGGUAGAAAAAGGCUAUCUGAAGGGUUAACUGUUACUCAAAAAGUUUUUGUUAGAUCUCGUAAUGGUGGUGCUACUAAAAUUGUAAGAGAACAUUACUUGAGAAACGAUAUCCCAUGUUUAUCUAGAAGUUGUUCCAUAUGUCCUACUAUCGUGGUUCCUGAUGCUAAAAAUGAAUUGCCAAAGUUCGUACUAUCUGAAUCUCCUCAAGAUUUAAAAAAUAUUGGUAAACAUUAUACCGUAUUGGACACCAAUAUUGUUCUUCAAGCUAUUGACUUAUUGGAAAACCCAAAUUGUUUUUUCGACGUCAUUGUUCCUCAAAUUGUCCUGGAUGAAGUCAGAAAUAAAUCUUAUCCUGUCUACACAAGAUUGAGAAAUUUAUGUAGAGAUAGUGAUGGUAAAAAGAGAUUCAUUGUUUUCCACAACGAAUUCAGCGAAGCUACUUUUGUAGAAAGAUUGAAGGAUGAAUCAAUCAAUGAUAGAAAUGAUAGAGCUAUAAGGAAAACUUGUGAAUGGUAUUUAGAUCAUUUAGCAAAAUCAGAGAUUAAAAUUAUUUUGGUUUCAAAUGAUAGAUUGAAUAGAAUUUCAGCUUCUGAUGAAAAAUUUAUUACUAAAUCAUUGUACGAAUAUGUAGAAUUAUUACCAAAUUCUGACGAGGUAAAGGAAUCAAUGCCAAAUUUGGAUUCUUCUCAAUAUAAUAAAGACGCAGAAUCUAUUAACGAAUUUAGUUAUCCUGAAUUUUAUCCAACUUCAAGAAUUAUGGGUGGUUUGAAAAAUGGUUCGUUAUUCCAAGGUAAUAUACAAAUUUCAGAGUAUAAUUUUCUGGAAGGUUCUGUAAAUAUACCUUCCUUUUCCAGACCUGUUCUUGUCGUUGGUCAAAAGAAUUUAAAUAGAGCUUUUAAUGGUGAUCAAGUCAUUGUAGAACUACUACCAGAAUCUCAAUGGAAGGCUCCUUCAACUGUAGCACUAGACGCUGAACAUUAUGAUGUUAAUGAUAACCCAGAAAAUGACAAUGAAGUCGAUGCUAAUCUAAUAGCAGAUUCCCAAAGAAGAUUAUUGGCUGAAAAUGCGAUAACCGCUCAAAAAUCAAACAAGGUUCAACCUACUGCAAGAGUUGUCGCUAUACCAAGAAGAUCUUGGAGACAGUAUGUUGGUCAAAUUGCUCCAAAUUCUGUAGAUACCCAAACUGGUGGAACCCAAAAUGUUUUUGUUAUUUUAAUGGACAAAUGCUUACCUAAAAUUAGAAUACGUACUAGAAGGGCCACUGAAUUAUUAAGUAAAAGAAUCGUUGUUUCCAUCGAUUCGUGGCCUUCAAAUCAUAAGUUCCCAUUAGGUCAUUUCGUUAGAAAUUUAGGUGGUGUUGAAGAAGCCCAAGCUGAAACUGAAGCUCUUUUGUUAGAACAUGAUGUAGAAUAUAGACCAUUUUCCAAAAAGGUUUUGGAAUGUUUACCAGAGGAAGGUCAUGAUUGGAAGGCUCCAGUUGACUUAAAAUCUCAAGAUGCUAUUGCAAAGGAUCCAUUAUUACAAAAAAGAGUCGACCUAAGAGAUAAAUUAAUUUGUAGUAUCGAUCCACCAGGUUGUGUUGAUAUUGAUGAUGCUUUACAUGCUAAAAAAUUACCAAAUGGCCACUUCGAAGUUGGUGUCCAUAUCGCAGAUGUUACUCAUUUUGUAAAAGCUGGAACUCCGUUAGAUGCAGAAGGUGCAUCUAGAGGUACUUCUGUAUAUUUGGUGGACAAACGUAUUGAUAUGUUACCAAUGCUACUUGGUACUGAUUUAUGUUCAUUGAAACCAUAUGUUGAUAGAUUUGCAUUUUCCGUGAUAUGGGAAUUGGAUGAAAAUGCUGAUAUUGUGAAGGUCGAUUUUUCGAAAUCCGUUAUCAGAUCAAGAGAAGCAUUUUCUUAUGAACAAGCUCAACUUAGAAUCGAUGACAAAAACCAAACUGAUGAAUUGACAUUAGGUAUGAGAGCUUUGUUAGAUUUAUCUAUCAAAUUGAAACAAAAGAGAUUGGACGCUGGUGCUUUAAACUUAGCUUCUCCAGAAGUUAAAGUUCAUAUGGACAGUGAAACUUCUGAUCCAGGUGAAGUUGAAAUAAAAAAAUUAUUAGCAACUAAUUCGCUGGUUGAAGAAUUUAUGUUACUAGCUAACAUUUCUGUCGCAAGGAAAAUUUAUGAUUCUUUCCCACAAACUGCAAUGUUAAGAAGACAUGCUGCUCCACCAUCAACUAAUUUCGAAAUAUUAAACGAAAUGUUACAAAAGAGAAAAGGUCUUUCUAUUUCAUUGGAAUCAUCAAAAGCUUUGGCAGAUUCCUUAGACCGUUGUGUUGAUAAAAAAGAUCCUUAUUUCAAUACUUUGGUACGUAUCAUGUCUACCCGUUGUAUGAUGGCUGCUCAAUAUUUCUAUUCAGGUGCUUACUCAUAUUCUGAUUUCCGUCAUUAUGGUUUAGCAGUGGAUAUUUAUACACAUUUUACCUCUCCAAUUAGACGUUACUGUGAUGUUGUUGCACACAGGCAGUUGGCAGGUGCUAUUGGUUAUGAACCUUUAGAUUUAUCCCACAGAGAUAAGAACAAGAUGGAGAUGAUUUGUAAAAAUAUUAAUAGAAGACACAGAAAUGCUCAAUUUGCAGGUAGAGCUAGUAUUGAAUACUAUGUUGGCCAAGUCAUGAGAAAUAACGAAUCGGUUGAAACUGGUUACGUUAUUAAAGUUCUAAACAAUGGUAUUGUUGUCAUCGUUCCUAAAUUCGGUGUUGAAGGUUUAAUAAGAUUGGAGAACUUAACAAAAGAUACCAGUUCUGCGAACUUUGAUGAAGUUGACUUUAAAUUAACUUUUACCCAAAUCGAUACCGGUAAACAAAGAGAAAUUCAUGUCUUUGAUAAAGUUGAGGUACAAUUGAAAUCUGUGCUUGACCCAGUCACAAGCAAACGUAAAGCCGAAUUAUUAUUAAAAUAA